AUUGUUGGUGGUGCUUGGCUGCAUACGGGACGAGCAUUUAUAUUGUCACUGGAGUACGCAUUUCGUAGACAUUCCAAGCUGGGGGGCAUUUUCUUGGCGAGCGGUGACCUCGUCGACUGCGGGAGCCACAGCGCGUGCUAGCGGGGAAUGGCGAGUAUUGCGCCGCGUUUGAAAACAGAAUUGGGACGGCAGCUGCUAGAAAUUCGACUUUUGGCCCACGAACACUUCAAAAAUUUCGUUCGACGACAAGAGUGCACUUCGAAUGUCCUUUUUCUUGGCGGGCUAUUUAGUUUGCAAUUAGCUCUUCAGUUAGAAGAUAUGCCGUACAUUUAUAUAUACGGGAGCAAGUGAAGGUUGUGAAUGAGCCGGUACAUCCAGAGAUAAGUUGAGCGGGCUUGAGCACCUGUUGCGAAGUUGGCCGCCUGAUUUUGCGCUUGGUUGGGGGGAGGGAUGCAAACCUCGAACAGGGUGCAUGGGAUGGCAAUUUUUGAAUAGGCGAAAUGAUAGGGGGCGCGGGGUUUUGCGCCACUGGUGGUGGUUCUUGGACACGUUGGAGUCCGGGUCAAGGUCACAGGGUUGAGGCAUGAGUUUUUGGUGGCACCAAUCGCGUUUUGGGAGAGGAAAAAAAAAAUACUGAUUUUUCUUAGUCUUGUACGCUCAGUAAGCAUAUAUUGCAUUAUUUGCGCGCACACCCUUCUUUUGCUUGUGCUUUUUUCGACAAGGUUUUGAUUUUUUCUCUCUGGUUGAGAGAGGUCCCUGAAGGUUGAAGAAGUUGUUUCGAAGGGGGGGGUAUCAGUUUAGCCGAAGGCGUUCAGAAAUAUAUUUCUUAGGCAGGAGCUUAGGAAGUGUCGUGAUUUGGUGUUUUGUUGGAUUGGGUCGUUGGGUUAAUUCAUCUCUUGGCCUCUAGAAAUGGCUUCGGUGGACGUUGAUUAUUACGCAGGUAUGACGGGGUGAUGUGCGCGUGUUUAGACAGCAGAUAUCUCGUCUGAUCGAGGUAUUUGGCAUUGGGGGAUGGCGAGCUGGUUGGGGGGUGGUUCGGCGCGAUAGAAGUUGUUUGCUGACUUUUUUUUUUUUGGCAGUGUGCGUACACGUUGCAGUUUGUCCAGGCGCACAUAUCGCCCGCGACUUACACGGAGACGGGGGGUGGGACGAGCGAGUUGUGGCCGCACGACGCGAGGUUGCGGGAUCUCACGUACAGCAGUCCUUUGCAGGCGACCAUUUACGUUACGCCGUCGGAGGGGAAGAGGCACGAGUUGAUGGUGCCGAUUGGUCGGAUUCCGACUAUGGUUAGGUCUCGAAUUUGCAACUUGAACAAGACGGGGGCUGGGAACUUGAGUUCUGCCGCGGAGUGCGAUUACGACGAGGGUGGCUACUUCAUCGUCAACGGCAGCGAGAAGGUGUUGAUUGCUCAGGAGAAGAUGUCUAACAACCACAUUUACGUGUUCAAGCAGCCCAAGGAGUCCAAGUACACUUGGAUAGCGGAGGUUCGGUCGGUGGUGGAGGGGUCUUUUCGUCCCCCGUCCGCGACGUACGUGCGCUUGCUGCAGGCGUCGAAGACGCACGACGCGACCAUCCAGGCGACGCUGACGUCGUCUACGCGCGACGACGUGCCCAUCAUCAUAGUGUUUCGAGCGUUUGGGUUCGAGAGUGACAAGGACAUUUUGGAGCACAUAUGUUACGACCUGGAGGACGAGCGCAUGGUUGAGCUGAUCAAGCCCUCCCUGGUGGAGGGCAGAGAGAUUCGGACGCGGGACACCGCGUUGGAGUGGAUUGGGACCACCAACACGACGUUUCAGAGCAUUAGUCAGAGUCGGCUGAGGUUUGCGGAGGAGGUUUUGCAGAAGGAGGUUCUCCCCCACGUUUCUCAGCACGAGGGCGGAAAUACGCAGAAGGCGUUUUAUUUUGGCUACAUGGUGCACAGGCUGUUGCAGGCCGCGCUGGAGAGGAGGCCGCCCGACGACAGGGACCAUUAUGGGAACAAGCGCAUGGAGUUGGCGGGCGCGCUCAUGGAGGGGCUUUUUUGCCAGCUGUUCGUCAACAUGGUGAAGCAGUUGAAGAAGAAGUUUCUCGCGGUGGUGGACAACGAGAAGACGCGCGUGUUUGACUUCAAACACUACAUUAGCGGCGAGAUCAUUACGACUGGACUCAAUUACUCCCUUUCCACCGGCAACUGGGGCGCCGGUCGGAGGGGCGCCAAGACCAAGAGUGGCGUUUCGCAGGUUUUGAACCGACUGACGUUUCUCUCGACCCUGUCUCACCUGCGGCGCCUGAACACGCCGAUUGGCAGCGACUCGAAGCUCGCGAAGCCUCGCCAGCUGCACAACACGCAUUGGGGGAUGGUUUGUCCCGCGGAGACGCCGGAGGGACACCAAUGCGGGCUUGUGAAGAACUUGUCUCUUAUGGCGCUUAUUUCGGUUGCGUAUCAAGGGAACGAGAUAGAGCCGAUGCUGCGCUCGGCGAAUUUGCUGGAUUCCCUGGCGCAGGUCGCGCCUUCUCAGAUUCUGAAGUCGACCAAGAUUUUCCUUGACGGUGCCUGGCUUGGCAUGAGCAGCACGGCGCCGGAGUUCGUCGAGUACCUGAAGUCCUGGCGUCGCCAGCGCUUCGAGGCGAGUCAGAUUUCGAUUACCCACGACAUCGAGCACCGCGAGGUCCACAUACAGACGGAUCCGGGGCGCUGCUGCAGGCCGCUGUUCGUGGUGCACGACAAUUUCUUGCAAAUAAAAAAAAGCCACAUUCAAGAGCUUCAGGAUCCCCAUUCGGGCGUCAACUGGAACACCAUCCUGGAGGCCGGCCUGGUUGACAUCGUCGACACGGCCGAGGAGGAGACGCUCAUGAUAGCGAUGGUGCCGGCUGAUCUCCAAGUUGCGCGAGAGGCUUACAUAAAGUGCGAAGGGUUCAGUCAGUCUUUCACGCACUGCGAAAUCCAUCCUUCUAUGAUCCUCGGCGUGGUCGCCAGCGUGAUUCCGUUUCCAGACCACAACCAGUCUCCCAGGAACACCUACCAGAGCGCCAUGGGCAAGCAGGCGCUCGGAGUCUACGCCACCAACUUCAACCUGCGCAUGGAUUCUUUGGCUCACGUUUUGUGGUACCCCCAGAAGCCCUUGGCGCGUCCGCACGCGGUGAAGUACCUGAAGUUUCGAGACCUCCCGGCCGGUACCAACGUGGUCGUGGCGAUCGCGUGUUACUCCGGGUACAACCAGGAGGAUUCCGUGAUGCUCAACCAGUCCAGCAUUGACAGGGGCCUCUUCCGGUCCGUCUUCUAUCGCACGUACCGCGAGGAGGAGUCCUGCCACGAGGCCCACGACAGCAAGAUCGUGGAGACCUUCGAGAAGCCGACUCCCGGCGAGGUCGGCCGCAUCUCCAACAAGAACUACUCGCGACUCGACGAGGACGGCAUCGUGUCGCCGGGCACGCCGGUCUUCGGCGAGGACAUCAUCAUAGGCAGGACGCGCACCGUUCCGGACGGAAUCCGAGUGGGAGACAAGGAGUACUUCAAGGAGGACUCGUCCAAGCCCUCUCGCCCGAGCGAGUCCGGGAUCGUCGACCAGGUCAUGAUCAGCACGUCCGCCGAGGGAAACCGGUUCGUCAAGGUCCGCAUUCGAAGCAUACGCACGCCCACCAUCGGCGACAAAUUCUCCUCUCGACACGGGCAAAAAGGCACAUGCGGCAUGCUCUAUCGCCAAGAAGACAUGCCGUUCAACCGAGACGGCAUCUGCCCGGACCUGAUCAUGAACCCGCACGCCAUUCCGUCCCGCAUGACUAUCGGGCACAUGAUCGAGUGUCUCCUCAGCAAGCUCGCCGCCGUCAGCGGAGAAGAGGGCGACGCCACGCCCUUCACCGACGUCAACGUCGAGCAAAUCUCUCAACGCCUCCACUCCUACGGAUACCAACCUCGCGGCAACGAAGUCGUCUACCACGGCCACACCGGCAGGCGCAUGGAGGCCCAGCUCUUCAUGGGGCCCAUGUACUACCAACGGCUGAAGCACCUCGUCGAGGACAAAAUGUUUUCACGAGCUCGCGGAAGGACCCAAAUUCUCACCCACCAACCCGCCGAAGGGCGAUCCAGAGGCGGCGGCCUUCGGUUCGGGGAAAUGGAACGCGACGUCAUGAUCGCCCACGGCUCCUCCCAAUUCCUGAAAGAGCGCCUACUUUAUCAAAGCGACAUCUAUCGCCUCCACAUCUGUGAGGUGUGCGGACUCAUCGCCAUCACCACGCUCGAAUCUAACCGGUUGUACUGCAAAAACUGCAAACUCUCAUCCAGAAUCGUACAAGUCCUCCUUCCCUACGCCUGCAAGCUCCUCUUCCAGGAGCUCAUGUCCAUGAACAUCGCCCCGCGCAUCAGCACCGUUCCCCCGCCUCCCGCUGGCGCCGAAAUAGACAUGACCAAGUACGACUACGACUAAGCAACUUCCUCUUCUUUUUGUAUAUAUAUACAUAUAUGUACAGCACAACCUGUCAAGCAAAACCCCCCAGCAACAACACCUAGACACGCACGCGCACCUUCCUCUGACAAACCAACGCUCUGGCUCCCCCCGCUCUCCAAUCGAACUCGCUGCUCGCCCCUCUCGCUGACAACCAAACCCUCGCAUUCUGCUCGAACACUCUCGCUCGGCGCGUCACUGUUCGUUGUGUUCGUUGACGAGCGAAUGACAGGCACUCUUUGUGUUUUUCGCUGACACCCAACUUUUGGCAGGUUUUUUCUCUUCGAGCACGUCACUCGUCUUCUUCGGCGCCUCCGCAACGAGUCGUACGUCCGAGCUCGCUCUCACUCGAGCUGUAUGCGCUCGACCGGCUUCGAACUCUCUCGCGUCUCUCAAAACACGCGAGAGAGAGACAAAACCCACCCUCUCUGCGCCGGUACAAUGCCUUGUCAACAAGAGUGAGACUGACACAGACCAGAAUUCUGCGGCGCCAAUCAACUCUUCCUGAACAGCGUGUGCUCCCCAGACCACCGCCUCUGCUCGGGCAAGGGAAGGAAAACAUCCUCGCUUCGCUGAGAGACGGUCGCAGCAAGAGAGUCGCGAGACCAACAAGCUCUCUGAUAAAAAAAUAACACGCCCACCGCUUGAGAGAGUCAUAAUGAGGCGGGUCAACGCCUCGCGCGCGAGGACGGUACGAAAACUGAUCUUGCCGAGAACGCGCAGCACCCCCCAGAGGACACCCAUGGUCGACCCCAAAAAAAUAUUCAGAGAGAAACGAGUCUAGACUAAUUGAAAGAGUCCUCCACAAACCUCGAAUCGGCGGGAGUCGACAUUGAUGAACGGUCACCUCUUUUUAGUGAAAUCCAGGGACCACCGUGCGGUAUCGGAGCGGGUGAACCUCGUUGGAACUGGCAGGCUUGGCUGGUUUGAUGCGUGGGGUCGGGGUCAACUUAAAGAUCGCAAAUUUUGAGGUUUUUGUUUUACAACAAAACUGUUUAAAACGAGAAACGACGCUCUGAAUCCAUUCGAAAACUCUUGUACCAACAUCACGCCAGUGACCGACAGAUUGGACCAAUCGAGCGCCUGACAUACCAAACGGGUAAAACCGUCCCGCAAGAUCCCGAGUAGGACGGGCAUUUGACUACGCGCCCGGGCUGGAUUCUUCGCAAGAGGAAAUUCGGGAUGCGUCCUCCGAGUAAACACAACCGACUGAGUUUAUAUGAGAAAAGGACGAGAGGAAUAUGUAACAUUGCAACUCAAAAGAGUCUUUCUCAGGACAAGCUGUGGUCAAUGAACGGCCGUAAACUCAAAUUCAGCAUUUAACUGCAUUGAUGAAUUUCGAGCAGAGCUUGUACGAGUCAACUCAUACUUGCAUCGUAAGCUCGCGUUGCUGCUAGUUCAAUGAUUCAAACUCGAUUUUAUCAACCCUUGAAGAACUACCAAAAAAUUAUGUGGGCCUCGACCAUUUCCUCUUAAGAUCAGAAUAAAUCAAUACGCAACCCUCGCGUAUAACCGUAAUGUUGAA